AAAAAAAAACAAGAAAGUCCUAGUCGUCAGGAAAUCAUGUCUAGCUACCAAGAACUUGUGAAGUGCCUCACUCGGCUGAAUAUAUUGGAUAAAUGGACUGAUGUGACACCAGUAGAGAAUAUCUCUGGGGUUCCAAUUGACGCGGGAAGCACCUCUGCACAUGAGAAUGUAUUUGAAGGACACGACGAGGAGCAGAUCAGACUCAUGGAAGAGUUAUGUAUCGUGUUAGACUAUGAAGAUCACCCAAUUGGAGCAGGAACGAAAAAGUUGUGUCAUUUGAUGAGCAACAUAAAUAGAGGUUUGUUGCACAGGGCGUUUUCUGUGUUUCUUUUCAAUGAGGACGGAAAACUUAUGCUACAACAAAGAGCUGACGAAAAAAUCACGUUUCCAAACAUGUGGACAAACACAUGUUGCUCGCAUCCCCUUUGCGUGCCAUCAGAACUAGGCAUAAAAGACAACAAGUCUAACAAGAACGAAUUAGAGACCGCUGUCGCGGGUGUCAAGCUAGCAGCACAGAGAAAACUAUAUCACGAGCUUGGUAUAUCCGAGCAAGACUGUCCUGUGUCUUCUUUUCAAUUUUUAACCAGAAUACAUUAUAAGUCAGCUAGUGGCGACGAAGCAUCCGAAUGGGGCGAGCAUGAAAUUGACUACAUAUUGAUUUUGAGAGCUAAAAACAACAUCAAGGUUGAGCCUAGCUUAAAUGAAGUCAAAGACUUCAUGUAUGUCAGUGUGGAUGAAUUAAAAGUCAUGUUUGAGGACAAAAACCUCCAGUUCACCCCAUGGUUUAAGUUAAUUUGCGAGACUUUCUUAUUCCAGUGGUGGGCUGAUUUGAAGAAUAUAGAACAAUUUGAGGACAAGAAGAUCCACCGGCUCCUUUAAAAAUACGACUAUUUAUUGAAAUCAGUUAAUCUAUAGGCUGAACGCUAAAAGCCAAUACUCUAUCUUAUCCACGUAAGCAACUUGUUAUCCUAGGCA